AUGUGCACCAACGUUUCUAUACUUGCUUUUGGUGCUCAUCCUGAUGAUGUCGAGGUCGGUAUGGGUGGUACAAUAGCUAAACAUGUGGCAGCUGGUGUCAAGUUAGGUAUUUGUGAUUUGACCGCUGCUGAAUUGUCAUCAAAUGGAACAGUGGAAUUACGUAAGCAGGAAGCAGCAGAAGCAGGAAAAGUCUUAGGUUUAUCGUAUCGUAGCAACUUAGGUUUCCCGGAUCGUGGUUUGGAGGGAACAACGGUACAGAUUGGUGCUAUCACUGCUGAAAUUCGGCGACUGAAACCAAAGGUUGUAUCAAGGGGGAAACAGCUGAUUAUUGAUUAG